AUGAACCGUGGUGACAGUAAAAUUAUGCAGUCUGCAUCAAAAAGGAACAUCACUGCAACCUUGUGGCAAGACAAGAAACAAGUGAGUGUUCUUAGUAGCAUGAGUUCUCCGGACAACAUCAGACAAGCAGAAAGAAGAAUCGGGAACAACAGUGUCCAGCUUUUGCAACCACAUGCAGUUUUCCAGUACAACAAGUACAUGAAUGGGGUUGACAAGCAUGACCAGUAUCGGCUCAAGUACGAUGUUUCCCGAGAGAGCAAAUGGUGGUGGAAAUACUUGUUUUUCUUUCUUGUGAACUGUGCCAUUGUCAAUGCGUUCAUUCUCUAUAGUUUGGCAUCCAAUAGGAAAACACGACACAAGAGGUUUACACAUUUGGACUUCAGAAGAGAACUCGCUAGGGCUCUAGUUGGAGGAUUUUCUUCAAGAAAAAGAAGUGCCUUGUGUGACAGGCAGGACAUUCCAGUUGCUGAUGCAUAUUGGGAAAAUACGGCCCUGUAA